UUAAGAGUGACGUGCCUUGAUCAUUUUGCAGCGCGCGCACCUGUCAUUUAGUGUAAUCGAUAAUCGGGGUGAUUGACAAGAAAAAGAAGAUGUAGGACUCAAUUUUCUCUAUUUCUCGUUAUUUGUGCUAGUUUAAAACCAGUGCAGUUGUGAUUAAAGUGCUAGUUUUGAUUACCGUACGUAUGUGCACGUAAAUUUUUGGAAUUAACCCGAAUUUAGCUGCGAGUGGUCCUAUUUACUAUUCAUGAAAUUUCUUUUUGGACCGGGCAUGGAUAAAAUUGAUAAAAAUGGUGAAGUGCAGUGAUACAUGGGUUUAAUUGCACGCAAUGAAACAUUUAUCAACUAAAGGAAUAUUUAUGAAAAUUAAAAUAAUAUUUACCGGGUCUCAACCAUAAGAUUUAAGUACGAGGCUUUAAUUAAGGUUUCUAAUGGUUAAUGUAAUCGUAUUUACAAAUGUAGUAACUGGAGUUUAAUCAUACCCUUUUGCAUUGGAAUGAAAAAAGGCAGAGGAAAUUGAUGGUAUAAUAAGUAAGUGAGGACAGUGUGUCAUUCAUUACCAUGUCUCACCACCAUCAUCGUGUGAAUUCACUGAGGGACAGGGAAGAUCAGUAUGUGGGGCCAUACAAGCUGGAGAAAACAUUAGGAAAGGGCCAGACAGGUCUGGUGAAGCUCGGUGUGCAUUGUGUAACUGGAAAACGUGUUGCUAUAAAGAUUGUUAACAGAGAAAAACUCAGUGAAUCAGUAUUAAUGAAGGUGGAGAGAGAAAUAGCUAUCAUGAAGCUGAUCGAACAUCCACAUGUGCUCGGCUUGUUUGAUGUCUAUGAAAACAAAAAAUAUUUAUAUUUGGUGCUUGAACAUGUGUCCGGGGGUGAACUGUUUGAUUAUCUUGUCAAAAAAGGUCGCCUUACACCGAAAGAAGCCAGAAGAUUUUUUAGACAAAUAAUAUCUGCUUUAGAUUUCUGUCACAGUCACAAUAUAUGUCAUAGAGAUUUAAAGCCGGAGAAUUUGUUACUUGACGAGAAAAAUAAUAUAAGAGUUGCUGAUUUUGGAAUGGCAUCAUUGCAAGUGGAAGGCUCAAUGCUUGAAACAAGUUGCGGGUCGCCACAUUAUGCCUGCCCAGAAGUUAUAAGGGGUGAGAAAUAUGAUGGUAGGAAAGCAGACGUGUGGAGUAGUGGUGUUAUACUUUAUGCACUUUUAGUGGGAGCUCUCCCAUUUGAUGAUGAUAAUUUACGACAACUGCUUGAAAAAGUGAAGAAAGGCGUGUUUCACAUUCCACAUUUUGUUCCUCCAGAUUGUCAAAAUUUGUUACGUGGUAUGGUAGAGGUAGAUCCAGAAAAACGUUUAACAUUAGAAGAAUUACAUCGGCAUCCUUGGGUAACUAUGGAUUGCCACGAUCAUUUAGAAUUAGAAUUGCCUGUAGUACAAGUUGUCCAGACGUCCAUUAUACCUACUGUGGAAGACUUAGAUCCUGAUGUGUUAUCUACUAUGAAUUCUUUACAAUGUUUUAAAGACAAAGACAGAUUAAUACGGGAAUUAUUAAAUAGUAGGCACAAUACAGAGAAGGUGAUUUAUUUUUUACUCUUAGACAGAAAACUCAGGAAUCCUUGUGUGGAGGAUGAAAUAGAAAUUCGACACAGAUCAGAAUCUGCUGAUCCACCUAGAAAAAGAAUAGAUGCAGUACAGCUCAAUGGUCAGCCAAGAUUGUCUUUAGGUAGUAUUAGUGAGGGCUCGCCAACGGCAGGCCGUAGAGCUCUUGCUAUACAAAAAGUUCGGAAAGCUAGCCUUUCAUCUGGUAGCCAGAAUGGUUCUCCGGUGUUGAGUCCAAAACAUGCAAGAGGCACGCCAUCUCACAGUCCCAGUCCAACCCCGCCAACGUCACCUAGUGUUCAGAAUACGCCUUGGAAAUCACGGCUGCAUACAAUCAAAAACAGCUUCCUGGGUUCACCAAGAUUCCAUAGAAGAAAACUACAAGGUAUACCAUAUCCAUACCAUGGGGCAAAUGGGGUUUUGUUUAACAUGUCAGACCAGUUAUGUGAUGCUACAGAAGAAUCUAUAACCAUGACUCCAGACUCGUCACCAGAAAUGACUAAGAAGUCAUGGUUUGGUUCACUGAUGGGUUCGGAAAGGGAAGAACACCAUUUUGUGAUGGUGAGGGAUAAACCUCUCUCACAAAUCAAGGCUGACCUCAUACAUGCAUUCCUUUCUACACCAGAUCUAUGCCACAGUGUUGUAUCAACAACUACGUUCAGAGCUGAAUACCGGAGGUCUGGUAGCUCAUCUGUAUUCUCACGUAACGUCAGGUUCCAAGUGGACAUAACUCCGGCACACGGAACAACUCGGGAACAUGAAAUCAGCAUGUAUUGUCUCACAUUCACUCACAUCUCAGGUCCAUCAAGAAGAUUCCGACGUGUUUGUGAACACAUACAGAAUUUAAUGUUGGGUCCACGUGGUGAUGCAUUAAGUCAGCGUAAGAUUAGCACGGACAGUUCCUCGUCAUAUACCUCCGAGUGCGGCGCAUCUCCCACCCACAGUAUCUCUGUCACACGUGCUGAUUGUGAUGAUGAUACCCCAGUGUUUGAUAGAAUCAGUAAAACUCCUACCCCACAGAGGAGAGAUAUACCUCGAGUGAUCACAAACGGUAGGAGAGUGAUCGUGGAUCCAAGCAUCAGACGAAAAGAUAAAAUGUGACGCAGAUUUAGAAAUUGAACUACUUUUCCAUUUUAUUAGGAAUGGAAUAAUGGAUUGUAUUCGGAAAUAAUAAGACAUUGUAUGAUUUAAAGGAGUCGGUUAUCCAAUCAAAAGAGCAUGCUGAUGUAUUUACCAGUAUGUUCAUGAA